CCCAAACAGUCCAACGCUUUCUACUUGCUUUGCCGCUGCCCGCGCUUGCUCGCCACGGCAACCCGGAGAUUCGAUUCGCCACCGCGAGAUCACGAGACCACACGCCCGCUGCCCAGCCGGCCGCCGGGUGGGUGCUCGGUGGGAUCUGCGGCCCCUCCCCCAUGCCGGCGACGAGGUAGGUAGGUUGGUGGGUGGGUUAGCGGCGCGCGCGUGCGCGGUCGCCGGAGAUGAAGCCGCCGCGGAGGUGGUGGCUGUACGGCCGGGGCGGGGCGGGGGCGCCGGCGGUGCUGCUGGUGGUGUUCCUCUGCUUGUCCGUCAUGCUGCUGCUGCUGCUGCACGGGUCCUCCCCGUCGCUGGAGGGCGAUGGGGCGGUGGAGGCGGUGGGAGGGGGAGGGGAGGAGGAGAAGGUGGUGGUGGCGGCGGCGCAGGCGGAGGUGGAGGAGGCGCCGCUGCCGCCGGGGAACGUCCGGCUCGCCUUCCUCUUCAUCGCCCGCAACCGCCUCCCGCUCGACCUCGUCUGGGACGCCUUCUUCCGUGGCGACAAGGAGGGGAGGUUCUCCAUCUUCGUGCACUCGCGACCGGGGUUCGUGCUCACCCGCGCCACCACCCGAUCCAGCUUCUUCUACAACCGGCAAGUCAACAACAGCGUCCAGGUGGAUUGGGGGGAGGCGAGCAUGAUCGAGGCUGAGCGCAUUCUACUCGCCCACGCACUAAAGGACCCCUUAAAUGAGCGCUUCGUUUUCGUCUCGGACAGCUGUGUGCCAUUGUACAACUUCAACUACACUUACGACUACAUAAUGUCUUCAUCAACCAGCUUUGUUGACAGUUUUGCUGAUACCAAAGCAGGUCGGUACAAUCCCAGAAUGGACCCAACUAUCCCUGUAGAAAAUUGGAGAAAAGGCUCGCAGUGGGCUGUGUUAAUAAAAAAGCAUGCUGAAGUUGUGGUUGAAGAUGAUGUAGUGUUGCCAGAAUUCCAGAAGCAUUGCAGGAGAAGGCCCUUACCAGAGUUCUGGCGGGACUGGGAUCGCCCUAUUCCUGCAGAGGCAUGGAAGGCACAUAACUGCAUACCAGAUGAGCACUAUGUUCAAACAUUGCUUGCACAACAUGGUCUUGAAGAAGAACUUACACGGAGAUCAGUUACACACAGUGCAUGGGAUCUGUCAUCUUCUAAAGAUCGUGAAAGGCGUGGAUGGCAUCCUGUAUCAUACAAAAUAUCUGAUGCUACUCCUGCACUUAUAAAGUCUAUUAAGGAUAUUGAUAAUAUAUAUUAUGAGACUGAAAAUAGAAAGGAGUGGUGUACAAGUAAUGGAAAACCAGCACCUUGCUUCCUUUUCGCAAGGAAGUUUACACGUGCAGCUGGUCUGAAGCUUCUAGAUUUGUCUUUGAUAUCAGCAAAAUGAUGAUAUAGUCUGCAGGGCACCUACCACGUAAAGUUUCUCCCUUGAAAACAGAAUACUGGUCAGCUUGCACAUAUGUAAAGGAAAGUUGUGGAGGGGACAGAAGAUAACAACGAAUAUUUUUUGGGCGUCUUCAUUACAAUUUGUUGCACUCUGAAAAGGGAAAUAGGGUUUUAAAGCAAUAAAGUGUGUUCCUUUUAGCACCUAGGUUAGUACAUAUGUUAACCCAUGCAUGACUUGGCAUUGUACUGUAACUGUAAGCAAACCACCGGCAGUUUGGAUUGGGAAGAAUCACCUGAGUUCUUGUCA